AUGGAUACAUAAAAUUAAAAAUAAUAGAUUGAAGCUAAUGGAACUCAAAAAGAGGCUUCUGAAUUUUUAAAAGAAAUCAAAGUUGAUGAUGAUGGAGAACAUUCACCUGAUAAUAUUAUCAAAAUUUAUGAAAAUUCAAAUUUUAAAUUAGGAACUGCAGGAAGAAUAUAUGAUUGCAGUAUAAUACUUGCUAAGUAUUUAUUAAAGCAAAAUGAUGAGGGCAAUUACAAACUUAGAGGAAAAAAUAUUUUAGAGUUAGGCUGUGGUACUGGAUGUCUUUCCAUAUUUUUAGCAUCACAAGGAGCAAAUGUUGUAGCCACAGAUCUAAAAAUUACUUAAAAUUAUGUUGAAAAAAAUUUAUAGAUGAAUAAAGAAUUAGUAGAUUGUCGUUAAGGUACAGUGAAGUUUGUUGCUCUUGAUUGGAACGAGCAAGAGGAAAAGAUAUUUUAAAUCUUGAAAUCAGAUAUCGGGUUUUAAAAAAUAGAUUACAUUGUUGCAUCUGAUACUUAUUUCAAUUCAGCUAUGCUUAACGUAUUUUCAAGACUAUUAAAAUCUGUUUCCACUUACUACUAGCAAGAAGGAUGCUCUUUUGAUGUGUUUAUAGCUUAUAAACAGAGAUUACAUGAAGAUAUAAAUUAAGAUCCAAUAUUGUAAACAUUUUAAGAAUAUAAAUUUAUUGGCGAAAGGAUUCAUAAAUCAGAAUUGGAUAGCAAUUAUAAGCAGAAAGAUAUUGAAAUAUUUAAAUUAGAAUUCUGA